CGAUUUCUCUCCCGAAUACGCAGGCACCACCGCGCGGUGCGCCGAGGCUCGGAAGUCGUACCCCCUUAUACCGUGGAAAUUCUCCCGAGAUCGCUAAUUCUGUUCGCUGGUGACCCGACCGAUGUGACGGCGAUUCAUGAAGCUAUCAACUUUCGACAAGCCAUGUUACCAAUCGUUCUCAGGAAACUCCGCACAUUCGGAAUUAAAACUGGGACGAGACGAUGCCACAUGCUGCCUCAGAACGCUCUCAACGUCCUCAUGGAGAACGUCUGCCCGAACAGUUGCGGCUGGACAAGUCGCACAAAGAGACCUUUAACGAUCGCGGUUGAGGGUAACAUCGGCAGCGGCAAAACUACUUUUCUCCGGAACUUCGAGCAUCUCAAGAACUCGACUAUCAUUCCCGAACCGGUCGCGAGAUGGUGCUCCGUGGACGGGCGCUUCAACCUGCUCCAGAAGAUGUACGAGAACCCUCGGAAGUACAGUCUGGCCUUGCAAACAUACGUCCAAUUGACAAUGCUCCAGAACCACCGAGCCCCGGUAUCUACGGAUUUCAAGCUCAUGGAAAGGAGUCUCUACAGUGCGCGCUACUGUUUCGUGGAAAAUUUAUUCAGAAGCAAUCUCCUUAGUGAAGUAGAAACGAUCAUUCUGGAUGAAUGGUUCGAACACCUGAUAACAACAGAAUGCUGCGUGGUCGAUCUCAUCGUUUAUCUCCGAACUGACCCGGCCGUCGCGAUGGACCGGAUCAAAAAGCGGAACCGAGACGGCGAAAAUACAGUUUCGAUGGACUACCUGAAUUCAUUACACGAUCUUCACGAAGAAUGGUUCGCCGGCCGGAGUUCGUUCCCCAUGCCGGCCAACUGCGUGGUGCUGGACGCCAAUCAAGAUGCCGAUCUUGUCAAACGAGACUUCAUCGAAUACGUGAAGAACCACGAUUUCGGCGGCGGGAACUGCUUCGCGGAACGACAUCAAUGAUGCCUGUCCAUCGAGAGAACUACAGAACAAGCUUAUCCGCCGCAGGGAUCGCGCAUGUAAACAUGUGAAGUAGGGGAACAUCGCUCGACGAGCGAGGGCCCCGCGACCGGUGAAAACGGGAUGAACAACCCCGGAAGCACAUUAGUCGAAGCAUCACGAUAUUGAGUUCACUGUAAACAGUCAAUGUAAAUAAACGAGAACCAGCUGGG